AUGGGUCCUCCACAUCCCAGCAGUCUCCAAGUACGUGCGAGCUGGGAUGGUGACAUCAGACAUGCGGCUUGUAUCUACAUGAUUGUAGAAGUCGAAACCAAGCCAAACUCUCGCCUCACUCUCCUCAGCGGCGUCAAAAAUACCGGUCUAAGUCACUCAAUGCUUUGGGAAAUUGCCGUUACCCAUGAUACAGGAGACCUUCCGCCAUCUCCACCAAGGAAGUUGUUCCCCUCGAUUAAGAAUCAUCGAGACGAAGAUAAUGGUGAAGCUACAUCCGACCAUCUGUCAAGUUCUCCUCCAGUUGAAUCAUCAAACGAUAAGAUCCAACCAAUCUGCAAUGACAAUGCAGGUGUGAGUGAAUAUCGUGUGCAGGAAAAGGCCGAGGAGGCAAGUAUCACUGGACCAAGCCUCUCGCACAAAUCAAGCUCUAUUUUAAAAAAAGAUGGAGAUAUCUCGCAGGAGACUAGUACAUCCAUAUCAAUGGUGAAUGCGCCUGGCGAGCCUGAUUUAGGUGAUUCGUUGGUAGAUUUGCUUCCAAGUCCGACUCCCUCCUCCCGGGAUUUGAUGCCCUGGGCGUCAGCUACGGACAUUGCAAGUCGGCUGGAGACAGAAGAAGAUGCGGGCGCGGAAAGUGACUGUUUAAGUGUCGCCUCUGAAUUUAUCAGGUCUUCAUCGAAAGAAGACCCUGACAUCUUUUGUGAAAAUGGGGAAUUGGUUUUUAACUGCCCGAGCUUCGCUAAGGAAAGAAUUUACAGGGCCGAAAUUAUCUUUCUGAAGCAUAUUCGAGAAGGUCGAGAUAAAUGGCUAAGUCUUAACCUGUCACCGAUGAUAAUGGCGUGUCCGGAUAUUCAAGGUACCUUCGUUUUUGACGGACCCUCAGGAUAUAAUUUCGAAUUCGCCAGCGACAUUCUAAAAGCACAAACAUCAAAUGGCCACCUCGAGUACAAAUUUACUCCUCGAGAGUGGCUCCUUACGCCGUUUCGUCUUUGUAAAGAUGAAACUCUAAGCAAAGAUACGGACCCUUUUUCCAAGGAUUUUGCUUCAGCACAUGAAGAGGAUAAACAGGAUACAGAUAACAUUUCACCGUCUGUUCUCGAGACAGGGCCCAAAAAACGAUCUAAAAGAGGUCGCCCCGAAUUCAAGUGGCUCUCUGAGGAGGAAAUCCGACAAAUGAAAACAGAUAUUCUCAAGUGGUUUUUCACCCCUCUUCAUUGGGUUUUUGUUGCAAUCUACAUAGUUAGCUUCGGAAUACCUGGUGUUGUCUCCGGCCCUGCUAAUACCUGGUGGACAAUACAUGAAAUACCGGAACUCGCGAGAAAUUUCAGUAUGCAGGGCUAUUCUAUGCUUCAGAUGAAGUUUUGUUCAUGUCCAUCUGCCGAUCGUUCUCACCACAAUUUACACGAUAAUUGGCCUAGCUAUGACUUCUCUUCGCUGAUAAAGCAAUCAACUACAUCGACAGCAACUAAGUCGAGCGAAGCACUCAGUACCAAUGAUGGUUUUCCCCUCGUCUCGCGGAAUAAUUUAUCACUGUUGGGGAUUUCAACCACCAAUCAAUAUACCCGUUCCAUACGUUUGUCUGACGGAGAAAUUUUAGCAACAGAGGGCCCAUCAAUUGGAGAGGAGCUUUUUCCUACAGAGAUAUUUUCAGCCAUCGAGUUUUCAGCUUUGACAAUUGAUUUUCAGUCAGAAAAAGAUGAAGUUUCUUCCUCAAAUAUCUCUUCCACCGGUAUAGUCGCAACACUAGAAGCGACGGUAUUCUUCCCACCACACAUUCCAAUGAGAGAGACAUAG